CUGUUCUAUACCUUGAGCAAUUAUCGGCGCCAUGAUCGGGAGGAUCCCAUACCGGGCUCCGAGUGCUCCGCUCUUGGUUUCGCAACCUAGCGGCACCCAGAGAACCCCUUACCGGGCUCCGAAUGCUCCGCCCUUGGUUCUGCCACCCAGCGCCAGCCAGAGGCUCCCUGACCAUGCUCCCAGAGCUCCGCCCUUGGUUGUGCCACCCAGCGCCAGCAAGCGAAUCCCUGACCAGGAUCCGAGCGUGGGAGAGACGCAAUCCAUAACAGGUUUCACGUUCUACGAACAGAAGAGAGCAGAUGUGCUGGCCACCUUCUGCGUGGCGUUGGCCCUGCUUUUCCUGAUUAUCACGGCCACCUUAAUCCUUAUUCUACUGUCAAACAGUCACUACAAUACGGACAUCUCUAUAGCCGACGAAGUGAGUCCCAAUAUCGAUGGAAUGGUGGUUCCACGAGAUGCUGAUAGAACAACGAAUACUGCUACAGAAACACACACGUUGCCAACCUUGGGGAGCACGAGCCAUAGGACAACACCAAGUCCGACGACGACCACGAGUUCUACGGCCACCCCUACGAGCCCGACUACAACCCCGACGAUGACGACGCCAACUACCAAGGCACCUCAAACACACGCGUUGCCAACCUUGGAGAGUGCGAGCCACAGGGCACCACAAAGUCCGACGACGACCACGAGUUCUACGGCUACCCCUACGAGCCCGACUACAACCCCGACGAUGACGACGCCAACUACCAAGGCACCUCAAACACACGCGUUGCCAACCUUGGGGAGUACGAGCCCCAGGACAACACCAAGUCCGACGACUACCACGAGUUCUACGGCCACCCCUACGAGCCCGACUACAAGCCCGACGACGACGACGCCAACUACCAAGGCACCUCGAAAGUCGCUGCUGGUGGGCAGGCUGCUGUGCACGCUGCGUUUCGGCUUCUCCCGCAGAACGUUCGCAUUUCCCGCCGACGGAGUGUGCGCCAUCACCACGUUCAACUCGCUCUUCGUGGCUGGAGGCAACACGCUGAGUCCCCCGUACCAUCCCGACUUCGAGUAUUUCGUGGAGCAUGCCGCUCAGCAGCGCGAAACGGAGUACGGCAUCGGAAUCGACCACGAUUUUUGCAGAGACGACAUGCGGAUGACUGCUCUGGUGGCGAAUCAGACAACGAAGACGUACUUGAAUGAGCUGUGGUCCAACCGGGUCUACCACUACGGACAGGUCAACACACCUGCGAUAAUAGAGAAACGGAGAACACUCGAGUACGUCACGCAAUCAGCAAAAGGCCUUCAGAUGAUUUCAGAACUAAUGAGGGACAAGGUGGACCCGGAGCAUCGGCCCAGUCACACCCUACUACACUACCCGUUGAUUUAUGAGUCGAUGGCCACUGACGUCGCGGAAGCGCUAAUGACCUAUUCCGUAGAUCUGCUUGUUGCUGUUGGAUACGUAGCCUACAGCGACACCAGGAUCGAGAACUGUCGCAUCGUGCCUCCAGUCUUGCACUCUACUGAGCUACUCGAGCCUUUUGUUUUGAAUAAUACAUACCCCAUUCGUUUGGUGAGAGUAAUAUCGGCCCUGGCAACCUUAAAGACCAAGUGGGCCAACGCAAGUGCGUUCGCCGUGUCCCUGGGUAUGGGUGGCCGGUGGUACAUGCCCAAGUACCCGGACAACCUUGCAGACACUCCCGGAAACUACUCUCUCGGCCAUGAGUGCACGACGACAAUGCGAGGAGAUGCCCCCCCGCGGGAUCAGAUAACGAGCAUUGUCGAAGCCUGUGAAGAACCGAACUACAACGAGACCUUCAGCAUCGAUAGCACCUUCCAGGCCCUGUUUACAUAUGUCAAGGCAGACGUUUCGCUUUUCACAUACGACAGUGCCUCCACACUUCGCUUCAAGCUGUGCGAGACCAAGCGAAACGUCACCGAUUUGCACUACAACAUUGUUGCCGACAAUAUUCAGUUCGAGGACUUCCACGACGUGUGCGGCUAUGGCUCGUACAGCCGCCUUCGGAUACUGAAGAGACUGGCUGCCUUCCUGGCGGAAAAGUACACGUCGCCCGAUCAAGAACGCUUUUGCAAUUUGGUCACGUAGUUUUCGCUGCCUACUACGUUUCUACUUUUUUUUACGGUCUUUAUGUGUCACCAUGUAGUGUCAUUUUACUGUAUUUACAUGUUUUUGUUGCUCAUUUAUAUCUCGUGAUUUUGUUAAUUAUAUCAGCAUUCUUUUCCUUGUGAUCGACCAUAAUGAAAUUUCUGUGACAUGGAUAUUCCAGCUGCCUAUA